AUGAGUCAUCCGUAUUUCACGUCGUCGGUUGUUCAUGGAUAUGGUACCCCGCACACAACUGGCAUGCCUUUCACUGCUUCGAUGUCGAAUGAACCUGCAACUCCGACUUUUGUCCCGGAGACUCAACUUUCCGACCGUGAAUCCCCAAUUGGGGUGGUCAAUUUAGAAAAGGCGAUUUCAAAUGCUGAGGGUAUAAGAAAGCGUUCAAGUUGGACAAAGGUUGAAGACGAGGUCUUAGCGAGAAGUUUUGUCACUAUCAGUGAUAAUCCAAUAAUCGGCAAUGAUCAAAAGGCGGAUGCUUUUUGGGGACAGGUUGCAAGCUACUACAAUGAGAAUCUUCCCUUGUGUUCAAACACCAGAAAUGCAAAUGUUAUACGUGAUGAAGAUAUAUUGAGGUUUGCGUACGAAAAAUAUCUAUCCGAAAAUAAUGGUGUUGCAUUCAAUCUCGAACAUAUAUGGAGAAUUGUCAAAGACCGUCCAAUGUUUACUCCACAGUCCGCUGAUCACUUUGUGGCCACAAAGAAGACGAGGACCUUAGAGUCGGGAGCAAGCAACACCUCCUCCAACCAAGAUGCAGCAAAAAGAAAGGGAAAAGACAAAGUAAAAUUGACCAUGGAGGAUUUGACAGUAAAUUACAACAAUAUUAUUACAAAGUUCACUGAGUACACAAGCGUGAAGAAGUCCGAAGUCGAUUUGAAACAAAAACAACUCGAAGUAGAGGAGAUUAAGGCAAAAGCUGCAUUGUCCAAAUCUGAAGCUAAGAAUCGUCGCUUGAAGUUGAAGGAGUACGAAAUAUUGAACAAAGACACCUCGUAG